AUGGCAGCAAAAAUUGGAUCAGCAUUAGUAGAAGAAAAUGAACUCUUAAAAGACGAAACACUCAAGCUAAAGACCAAACUGAGCAUUAUGGAAGAAAAACUUGAAGAAAUGGGAAAUGAGGAAAAGAAACAUCUACAUAAAAUUGAAAACCUCCUACAACUGAAUGCAGAUGUUGAAGCUCAGCUCACUAAAGAGAAGAAACUUUCCCAAGAAGCGCAAUUUAUCUAUGAGGAACAUGAUUUACAACUUAGUCAACACAUGGAUAGCUAUGUAAAACGAAUAGCAGAGCUUGAAAAAACUGUUUUAACUCUGCAAAAGAAAAUUGAAAAUCAAGAAACCAAGACUUUUCAUGAUUCCGAGACACAAACUUCCCCUUCAUCCGAAAUAAUCAAAGAUAGUCCUCCCUCAUCCCUCCUAUUUGAAAUGUCCGGUAUCAAAACAAAACUUGAUCGGAUGGAGAUAGCUAUUAAUACCCUAGCUAUAAAUACUUUAACUUCAGGAGACAGACAAACCUGCAAUGAAAAACUGAAUAACACCUUGACAGAGGUAGACCUGACUUCAAGAACCAAGCAAACCUGCCAAGAAAAACUGGAGAACUCUUUAACAGACAUAAGAACACACUCGACUUCAGGAACCAGCCAAACCUGUAAUGAAAAACUGUACGCCUUGACAGAAUGUAGCCCACACCACCAGACUUCAGGAACCAGCCAAACCCGUAAUGAAAACCUGUACGCCUUGACAGAAUGUCAGAGGGAGAUAAAUAAAUUGAGACUGAGAGAAAACAACAGGACACCGGAAUCAAAACUCGUGCCAAAUGCAGAAACACAAACCAUAGAAACAACUAUUAAAGAACAUCUUGCACCUCUGUCUCUGGAAGUGAUGCAGCUGAGGUCCGGCCAGGGCAGGAUGGAGCAAUUGAUGGAGAGUUUGAGCAUUAAGCUUGAGCUACUUGCUAGGACUACUCCACCGGCAUCCCUCAACAUAUGCACUUCUGUGGAACAGACACACCUUGAACAUAAUGCCAUAGCCAAGAUGAGAAAUCCUGAAGAAGUGGAAGAAAACCACUACAGUGUCUCCCUUCAGAUGGCAAAAGCUAAUGCCCUCCUUAAAAAGAACACCAUAAUGAAACCAUCUCUGGAGUCUAUAUUGACGAGUCAGGAAGGAAAAACAACAGGAAAUACAAAUGCCUUCAAAGUGCAAAGAGAACCACCUAUUACAGCUAAGAAAUUGGGUACUGAUGAAUCUCUAGAGAAAUUCUUUAUGGACAACAUAGAAAGUGCCAUGAAAAUAAACAUGAACUAUUUCUCACCCCCCACCAAGCAGCAUCUUACAUCUGGAACUGCAUCAGAAGAUACCACAUCAAACCUAAAUACUUUUUUAGAGCUCAGACAAAUGAAAGAGGUCAAAUUAAAGAAACAGUCUCUGUAA